CAUCAGGGUGCUUUAAAUUUGUUUUGAAUUUAGUGUUUCUUUACCAUCGACUCCGAAGGGUGGUGUCUUACAUCCUUUUAGAUAUUCGACGCGUUCCCACUCCACUUGUGUUACUGAGGACAUCACGUAGAAUCUUCAUUUCAACUACAGACAGUGCCAUGGAUCCCUGUGUGGACGAAGCGAAAAUCGUUAAGGAAACGCUUCAUGCUGGCACAAAGGUGGUCUCGUUCCGGGACGGAACCCGCAUAAAGUUCCACUUUCAGACGCGCAAACUGGACGGGACCGUGCUGGAUGACAGCCGCGAAAUGGCCAAACCCAUGGAGCUGGUCCUGGGCAAAAAGUUCAAACUGGACGUGUGGGAGGUGUGCCUGCAGAAGAUGGCCCUGCACGAGGUGGCCAAGUUCCGGUGUGAUAAGUCCCUCCUGCAGCAGUACCCGUUUGUUUCGAAGACUAUUCGGGAUUCGAUGAAACCGUCGGACCAGCGGAAGCACUGCUGUGGGAUGACCCUCCAGAACGAGGGCAUCGGGUAUAAGGAUUUGGACGAGCUGUUUGGGUGUCCACAGGAUUUAGAGUUUGUACUGGAGGUGCUGUCGAUCGAGGAUCCGGAGGAAUAUCAGAAGGAAUCGUGGCAGCUGAGCGAUGAGGAAAAGCUGGAUCAGGUCAAGAAGCUGCGGGAGAAGGGGAACGAGUGUUAUUUAAGGAAGGAUUAUGCGGGCGCGACGGAGGCGUACUCGUACGCUGCGGGGUUGAUAGAGCAGCUGAUGUUGAAAGAAAAACCCAACGACACGGAAUGGCUGGAGUUGGCCAAACUGAAGGUUCCGCUCCUUCUCAACUACUCGCAGUGUAAGCUGCUGGACAAGGAUUACUACGCCGUUAUCGAGCACUGCAGCGAAGUGCUGGACAAGUAUGACAAGGACAACGUGAAGGCACUGUUCCGGAGGGCGAAGGCCCACGUCGGAGCGUGGAAUCCGGAUAAGGCCAAAGCUGAUUUUGAAAGGGUGGCUGAACUAGAUCAAGCCCUAGCUGGGGCGGUUAGUAAAGAGCUGAAAAAUCUUCAGGAACUGAUACGACUGAAGGACGUGGAGGAUAAACUUCGGUUUCAGAAGUUGUUCUGAGACGGGGGACGAUUUUGUGCUUGUUGUAGGUAUAACUUUCUGUUGUAGAUUGUAACUAGGUGGACGAACGCUGUCGAGCAGUAUUGUGUGUGCUUGUGACUUUAUGGGAACGUACGCAAUCAUUUUUAUAACUCUGAUGUAGUCAAUUUCACUUUAUGAAUGUAAAGCCAUA